AAUUAUUUAUGAUUUUCGUCCAGCUUAAUGUCUGAAUGUUUAGCGAAUAGACUUUCUUACAUGUGUAGACUCCAUAUGGAGAAUCCUGGUGAAACACCUAGAUGUAGCACCUACAAAACUACCCAUAUUUGUUUUAAACUAUAUACAAACAGCAUAAUAUUUCUACUCUAUUUAUUCAGUAACGCUGCUGCGUUAAUUUGUUGUUAUUUGUUGUUUUUAUUCGAGUGUUCGUUUGUUUUAAUAUAAUUAUUUCCGUGUUUAUCCUUGUUUCUGGAGUGUGUGGGCACGAAAAUUCAGUUUGUACUUCUGACAUCACUCUCCAGGGUAUUUCCAGUAACAGUUCAUGUUAGACGGCAUUAGGUAUUGUGCAACUAUUGUAAAUAAAAAAAAAAAAAAAAGAAAGAAAGAAAUGAAGCGUAUUUAAUCACAGGUGACCUGUCCAUGCUGAUCACCCAAUGAAAUAGGAAAUGGACUUGAACUAGGCACCAGCGAUGCUGCCCGACUAAGCGGAUAUAUACACAACAGAUUAAUGGAUGCAUGUUAAAAUAAUGAAACGUAUAACUGUAGUUAUCAGUAAUGCUGUUUGGCAGGUCCGGAUGGCACCUGGUAAAUUUACCUUGCUCUCCCCAUUCUUAAACCAAACUUCUUUCUACUCUUUUACUAACCAGUGUUCAUCAGUUUUCAUCUCUGAAAUUGAUUUUUUAAAAUACAUUUUGUAGAUAUAAUGAUCAAAUCUAACCACAACUUUAAAAAAAGGUCAUUAUUUUCAGGAGACUAUAUUACCCCCUAGACCUGAACCUGAAGGUCUGAAAUGACUAUCAGUCACAAAACCACUUUUACGUACAGUGGACAAUUAGGAGACUAUAGUCAAUUACUUUUAUUCUUUAGUCAUUUGUGUGGAUAUGAAAUCUCUUCCUGGGGGGGGAAACAAAAGACCAAACUACAAAAAUACAGAAUGCGAAGGAUGAAAUGGUCAGCUCUUGCUUGUUGAAGACUGAUCAAGACUCUUACGUUUUUCUUUUCAGAUUGUUGAGGUGUCAACAUCAAGCUUGUAUUUUGUUUAAGUUGUGCACUGAUUUCUUGUUGACUGACAUGAGGACAGCUGAGGACUCCUCAGGAACCGUCUUGCACCGCCUCAUCCAGGAGCAGCUCCGCUAUGGGAACCUGACUGACACUCGCACUCUCCUGGCCAUCCAGCAGCAGGCCCUGCGUGGAGAGAGCAGCGGCGGGGGCACAGGCAGUCCCCGCUCCUCUUUGGAGAGCCUCACUCAAGAGGAAACCCAGUACAUGCAGAUGUCGACGCGGCAGGAGCCCCAAGGACAGGAGCACCAGGGGGACUGCCUGCCCUCCGAGAAUCCCAUGUGUCAUCUGUACCAGCUCCACAGGGAGGAGCUGCCGACCUACGAGGAGGCCAAAGCGCACUCGCAGUACCUGAUCUCUCGGAGGGAAAAGUCCGAGCAGGACGGCCCCGCCGCGGACGUGGUGGGAGUUCAAAGUGAGGGACAGUGGGAUGUGAAGCGGGAGCACGCUCGCUCCCUGAGCGAGAGGCUCAUGCAGGUCUCGCUGGAGAGAAAUGGACACAGAGACGCUUCGGCUCUGACCUCUUCCCACAGCUAUCCGCAGCUUUAUAGGAAUCUUGUUUUAAAUGCCGUGUUGCAUGACGGACAGGAGACCCAACAGGGUGCAGACCAGCGCGGCCCUCCUCCAGAUUAUCCCCUAUGUGCCCGAGUUCCUCAGUACAUGCUCAGCUAUUCACAGGAGCAUGUACAGUACCACAAAGACCCUCCUCCCCCGUUUUACUCACAGCACCACAGGUGUUAUGGUGAAUCACUCAUGUCUGCACUUUGCAGGUAUGUGUCUGCCCAAGCCCAGGUGGCUCAGAACAGCAUCCACGCAUCCUCCAACGGCAAUGACGUGUUGAUGAGGGAGAACGAGCAGCUCAGGAGAGAGCUGCAGCUGUACAUCCAGAAGGCUGCCAGGCUGCAGAAGUUGGAGCUUGAGAUCCAACAGAUCUCAGAGGCGUACGAGACCCUGAUGAGAGGCUCUGCUAAGCGGGAAGCCUUGGAGAAAACUCUGAGGACUAAACUGGAGGCAGAGAUUAAGAGGAUGCAUGAUUUUAACAGAGAUCUCAGAGAGCAACUUGGAGCAGCUAACAAGCACAGAGCGGCCGGUGAUGCUGAGUGCUCAGACCCAAGGCAGCACAUCUUCGUUAAACUCCUGGAGCAAAACGAAGAGCAGCAGCGGGAGCGCGAACAAUUGGAAAAGCAGAUUCAGCACCUGAGUGUGUCUGGUGAAGAGUGCCAGCGAAGAAGUGAACGGCUGGAGCAGGCGCUGACCUCAGCACAGAGCCGCAACCGGCAGCUGGAGGAGGAGCUGCACCGCAAGACGGCCUACAUGAAGAAAGUGGAGGGGCUGCAGAGCUCCCUCGCUCAGCUGCAGGCGGCGUGCGAGAAGAGGGAGGUCCUGGAGCUGCGGCUUCGCACCCGGCUGGAGCAGGAGCUGAAGAGCCUCAGGGCACAGCAGACAACCAACCUCACAGCAUCAGAGCUGAGCUCAUCCACGCUGCAGCAGGAGCUGAGGGAAAAAGAGGAGCGCAUCCUGGCUCUGGAGGCCGACAUCACCAAAUGGGAGCAGAAGUACCUGGAGGAGAGCACCAUGAGGCAGUUUGCCAUGGACGCAGCGGCCACGGCUGCAGCACAGAGGGAUACAACGAUCAUCAACCAUUCGCCCAGGAAUUCACCAAACAGCAGCUUCAACGAAGACCUCCCUUUAUCGAGCCACAGACACCAGGAGAUGGAGAACAGGAUCCGUGAACUUCACGCUCGGCUGCUGGAAAAGGACGCCGUGAUCAAAGUCCUGCAGCAGCGCUCCAGAUGGGAACAAGGCCGGCUAGAGAAUCAGGCGCUCCGUCAGGCCAGGUCCGUCCCCUCCAUCAACACCCUGACGUGUGGCGCUUUAACUAAAGGAAAGAGCCUCUCAGAUGACCAGACAGGUGCUGCCAUCUUGAAACCCCCGUCCUUCGUCGCGGCCAAGGCGCCGACCCAAGACUCCAGCACCCAGAGUGAUGAGGUCACACCGGGGCUGGACGUCACAGCAGAGAAGGACAGGUCACAAGUCAAUGGAGGGAUUCCAGCAGCUACGACCGGCGCCUCAGAGGAGCAGAAGGCCCCGCUCAAGAUGUUCAAGAGUUCAGACACCGAGGCGAUCGAAAUCCUCAUAUGAGCCGCGACUUGCCGCUCAACGAGACCGAACCCUGACCGAAAAGUUUUCAGGAAAAAGAAACAAAGUUCUCAGUGGAUGUGAGCUCUACUGAGCUUGUGCAGUCCAGAGCGUGGAAGUGUGAUUCAAGAGGAGAGCAGAGCUUUCCGUUCGGCUGUUUCUGCACAUUUCACGAGGGAACUUGGGGACGGGCGAUGUUGCACAAGGUACCUGGAAAGUAUUUUAGCGACGCAAAAGGAACUGGGCUGCUCAUAGUGCAUGGUGUUUGUCAUGAGUUGUGAAUUGUAUUUAUAUAUGUAAAUGCUGCUCCUUUUUGUCAUGUGACUGUUAUUUGGUUGUUUUUUCAUUAUUCUGUUUUUCUUGUUUUUGUUGUCUUAUCUUGACUUUACUGUAGCAUCCCCUGUAACCAUGCCCUCCGCCAGUAACGUCUAUUCAGAUUCGGAAGCUGUGUUUUGAGAGAUGGCUCCACAUUUAAAUGAGCAGAUGCCCCCUCUCUUCUAACCACGAUCCGGACCCUCAGUGGAGGAUUAAAAAACUUCCCCCUGAAUGCCAGAGCUCAUGAGAC